AUGUCGCGGCCCAGGAAAGAUCCUAUGGAUCCUCUGAAUUGGGAAUACCGACUUCAAGACAGUUCCUUCUCCCAAGCGCGUUCAGUAGACGGCUCCCUGAGGGAAUCACACUCGGUAAAGUACGCUGCAGGAUCUUAUGAAUACAAGUACAUUACCUUGACUAGGCAGCAAUACGAUAUCUUCCGGGAGGCGCUACGACGGAACCCUCGUGGCUUGGUGUCUGAGCAGUAUCUGCUACAGGUGCUGCAUGUUCAGCAGACUCCAGGCUGGGAGCACUAUUACAUUUACCCGUAA